UGUAAAUCCAAUAUGGCGUUAUCUGAUGUUUUAAUAUUUUGAAGGUACGUCAAUUUGACGAUUCUGUAAUGUGUAUCCCGAAGCCUAUGUUUUAUUACCAAUGGGAGUUAAAUAAUUCAAACUGCCGGUGCAUAUGAAUAGCGCCCGAAAACGUGAUUCAUAAUUUGAGAUAUUAGUUGUAGUCGCGCGAAUGCGAUCAUGACUACUGACACUAGACGAAGGGUGAAGCUGUAUGCUCUGAACGCUGACCGGCAGUGGGACGAUAGAGGGACAGGGCAUGUAUCCUCAUGUUAUGUUGAGAGGCUAAAAGGCACCUCUUUAUUGGUGAGAGCAGAAUCAGAUGGAACAUUAUUAUUAGAAAGUAAGAUCCAACCAGAUACAGCGUAUCAAAAACAACAAGAUACUUUAAUAGUAUGGUCAGAAGGUGAUAACUUUGAUUUAGCUUUAAGUUUUCAAGAGAAAGCUGGAUGUGAUGAAAUAUGGGAGAAAAUUUGUCAGGUACAAGGCAAAGAUCCCUCUGUUGAAAUAACACAAGAUAUAGUUGAAGAAUCUGAAGAUGAGAGGUAUGAUGAAAUGUCUGAUAGUGUACAACCAGUAGAAUUACCCGCCUGUGAAAUGGGUCGCUUGGAAGAUAUCAGUGAAUUGGUAAACAGUUGUUUGGUCUCUCCAACAAGAAAGGACAAGCUAGCAGCAGCUUUAGAGAGCCAGCACUAUAUUAAAAAACUUCUCAAUCUCUUUCACAUGUGUGAAGAUAUAGAGAAUAUUGAAGGCUUGCACCAUCUCUAUGAGAUCUUCAAAAGCAUUUUUCUUCUCAAUAAAAACACACUGUUUGAAACAAUGUUUGCAGAUGACACAAUAUUUGAUGUUGUCGGAUGUCUUGAGUAUGAUCCCAGUUUACCCCAGCCUAAGAAACAUAGAGAAUAUUUAAGAGAGCUUGCUAAAUUUCGAGAAGCCAUUCCCAUUAAAAAUAAGGAUUUACUAGCUAAAAUACAUCAAACAUAUAGAGUACAGUACAUACAAGAUAUUGUCUUACCGACUCCAACAGUUUAUGAAGAUAAUCUGUUAAGCACAUUGUCCAGUUUUAUAUUUUUUAAUAAAGUAGAAAUAGUGAAGCUAAUAGAAGAAGAUGAGAGGUUUUUAACAGAUUUAUUUAAAUUACUUAUGGACAGUAAGACACCAGAUGUGAAAAGGCGAGAUCUAGUUUUAUUCUUAAAGGAAUUUUGUAAUUUUUCUCAAAAUCUUCAGCCCCAAGAUAAAGAUGCCUUCUAUAAGACACUUGUGUCAUUGGGGAUCUUGCCUGCUUUAGAAAUAACACUAAGUAUAGAUGAUCAGAAGACUAAGACUGCAUCUAUAGAUAUUUUGACAUACAUAGUUGAGUUUUCACCUUCGGUAGUGAGGGAUUACACAUUACAACAAGCUAACAACACUGAAGAGGAACAAAUGCUUUUAAACAUUGUGAUAGAACAAAUGCUUCGAGAUAGAGAUCCUGAGUUGGGUGGGGCCGUACAACUUAUGGGUGUUCUACGUAUACUUCUCGAUCCCGAGAGUAUGUUGGCAUCUGUGAAUAAAAGUGAAAAGGCGGACUUCUUAAAUUUUUUCUACAAGCACAGUGUACAAACUUUAAUAGCACCCUUACUAGACAACACAACAGGCGAGACACCACUAAAAGAAGAUUACCAUACAGUGCAGUUACUCGGUUUAGUGCUGGAACUUCUUUCCUUCUGUGUCGAGCAUCAUACAUACCACAUCAAGACCUGUAUAUUAAAUAAAGAUCUGCUCCGUCGUAUUUUGGUCCUGAUGAGAUCGACGCACACGUUUCUGGUCCUCGGCGCUCUGCGGUUUAUGAGGAAGAUUAUCGCCUUGAAGGACGAAUACUAUAAUCGUUAUAUUAUAAAGGGAAAUCUCUUUGCACCAGUGAUAGAUGCGUUCCUUAGGAAUAAUGGAAGGUAUAAUUUAUUAGACUCGGCUAUAUUAGAAUUAUUUGAGUUUAUCAAACUUGAGGACAUAAAGUCGUUGUGUUCGCACGUCGUAGAGAACUACGGCAAGAUAUUAGAGGACGUGGAGUACGUGCAAACGUUCAAGGCGUUGAGGACGCGCUACGACCAGCAUCAGGACAAGCUGAAGGAGAGAGAUAGAGUAAGUGGUAGCGUUGGAGUAUCAGAAGCGGUGGUUCCAUCUCUCCUCCGGUCUCGGUACAGACGCGAAGCGCGGCAGCCUGAUGACGAAGAGGAGAUGUGGUUCAAUGAUGAGGACGAGCUGGAAGAUGAAGCGCCUCUCGAUACAGCGCAGACGCACGCGCAUCACGCGUUGGAUGCGAUCGGAAAGAUAGUGGAGAAGAAAGUCUCCCCGACCACAGAGGUGGCGAACGGGCCAAGUCGGGUGCUCAGUGCGUCGCCGAAGCCCCAAACAGACGUACAGGUAUCGCCCACAUUACUCAGUAAGGGAUUGGUGGAUUAUGACGGAGAUUCCGAUGAAGAGGAGGAAAGUGGGACGAGCGGUACGAGUGGAACGAGUGGGACAAAUGAGGAGCGGGACGCAAAACGGCCCAGACUCGCGUAGUCUUCAAAUUCCAGUUGUCCCCUAACGUCUCCGCUGGAGAAAGUAUGAUGUUCCCGGGGUCCCAGUUUCAAGGAAUAUAUACCCCCGUCUCGCUCCCCUGUGCGUACGUAAGGGCUUUUUGUUAACAUGAAGCCAAGUUCAUGGUAAACGGUCCGUUUCCUAAACGUCGAUUUACUGAUAAAUAACGGAACGUUAAGCGUCAAAAGGCCGACGGACCGUUUUCCGGUAAGCUGAACUUAGCAAAAGUCUACCAAAUUUAAGAGCCGCUUAAGUAAGUUAUAUUUGAGUGAGUUUAGUUGAAAAAAUGUAAUUGAGCGCGACCCCUCAUUUGCGCGCGAUUAUAUCUCUGAUUCGUGUGAUUAGGUAAUGGUCAGUUUAAAUAUAUUUUCUAAAUAGCCAAAAAAUCUAAUUUUUUGUUAAAACGUUUAAUAUUUGCCUUCCAUAUUUUAGCCUAAUUUUAGUUUGUUAUCUAUGGUAUUUGUGCAUAUUUUAACUAUGAAUACAUAAUACAACCAUAAUGCAAAUUAAUGUAACGUUAGGGUUGUAUAAUUUGUUGAAGUAUAUUAAAUUAUAUUAUCUAUAGUACUGACAACCUUGGACCGUUUUAAAUAUUUUGUAUCUAUAUCAGAGAAAACUGGCCAUUACUAAUCUUCCAUUCCCGAGUGAUAUUAAUAUCACUGAAAUUUCAGUAAUGUACAGACGAGUUUUAUCCUCGCUAAUUAUUUUAUUAAUUAAAAAUUAUCCAAAACGAAAUUGCGGCCGACGUUCAAUGAUCUUUUUUUCUGAUUUUAUUCCUGAUGGUACUGCCAUAUUUUUUUAAUACAAAUGUAUAUAUAAAAGCGAAUAACGCUCUCACGUUUCGGCCGCUAAUAUUUAUUAAAUUAAUGGGGGUUAUUCUGUAAUUUUGUUACGAUUGAUGUUUUAGGCCAAAAAUUCACAUUAAAAAUGAGCGUAUAAGUCGUAUCUCAAUACAAAAUAACCCAGUAUUUAUGCUUUUUAUUAUAAUAUAUAAUGUAAAUACGAAUGGCACUCAAGUGUCGCAUUAUCAUUAGUUGAACGUCGUAGUGUAUUAACCGGGAGGUAUCACAAUGUAGAACAAAAUAUCGGUUAUGGUAUGUCAAAACGGCCGAUGCGUACGCAUUUACGUACGUAUACGUCAAACAACGUAUACGUACACGGUUGUACGUAUACGUUGAACACACGGAACGCUUAAUUAUAAUUUAUACAAAUUUUCUUAAAGAAAAUUAUUUUCGGAGCUCGGUCAGCCUGACGUAUACGUGUGCGUACACAUGGGCUGUGCAUUUAUGUUGCAUUUCCAAAUUAAGGAAGCGAAUUGUUUUAUCACAAAUUCUCAUUAACAAUAAAGAAACGAUUCGUUAUUCGUAAACGAUUGAAAUGAAACAUAAAUGUUUCUGAGCUGUGAGGUCACCAUACGGAUUGAUUGUAAUCAAAUAAAGUACAAAGAAAAUGUGA